AUGAACGGAGAAGCAAAUUUUUCUUCAAUGGCACCACCAACUUUCGAUGGAGAAAAUUAUCAAAUCUGGGCAGUUAAAAUGCGGAUAUAUCUGCAAUAUUUGGAUCUCUGGAAAGAUAUUGAAGAUGAAUACGAGAUAACUCUCUUGCCGAACAAUCCCACGGUGGAGCAGAUUAAAACUCACAAAGAGAAGAAUACUAGGAAAUCAAAGGAAAUGGCAUGCUUAUUUACUACAUUUUUAUCUAAUAUCUUAACUCGUAUCAUGUCUCUACAAUCAGCAAAAGAGGUAUGGGAUUUUCUCAAGGCUGAAUAUGAAGGAGAUGAAAGGAUUCGGGGGAUGCAAGUGUUGAAUCUGGUACGUGAGUUUGAGCUGCAAAGGAUGAAAGAAAGUGAAACCAUAAAGGAGUACCCUGACAGACUUCUUAAUUUAGCAAAUUGUAUCUCCACUUUCAAUGAUUCAAAGAUCAUUGAAAUAAUCCUAGUAACGCAUCAUGAUGAUGGACGUUAUAAGAAGAAGGAGAAGAAGUACCAACCAACUGAUGUAGAAGGUGCAACAUAUAACAACAAAAACAAAAUAAGUGGUUUCAAAGGAAACUACCCUCCUUGUAAGCAUUGCGGCAAGCUUGUACAUGCACCUUUCAAGUGUUGGAAGAGUCCUAAUGCUAAGUGCACAAAGUGCAGUCAGCUUGGGCAUGAAGCAAUCAUCCAUAAGAAUAAAACUCAGCAGCAAGAUGCAAAGGCUCAUGUUGUUAAUGAACAGGAAGAAGAUCACCUCUUUGUCGCAUCAUGUUUUACAAACAGUGUCUCAAUCGAGUCGUGGAUGAUCGAUAGCAGAUGCACAAAUCAUAUGACUUGUGAUAAAGAUCUUUUUAAAGAUUUGAGGUCUACUAAAGUUAAAAAAGUUAGAAUCGGCCACGCUGGUUAUAUUCCAGCAAAAGAAAUGGGAACCAUUACAAUUGAAUCACAAUCGGGCACUAAAAUAAUUUUUGAUGUUCUUUAUGUACCCAAUUUGGACCAGAACUUGUUAAGUGUUGGUUAG